CUUCUGGGUGCGCUGACCAAACGAGACGCGAUGCAGGUGCUGCCGCUACUGCUAGCGCCGCUGCUGGUGGCGGGCGCCGCCAGGGCGCUGCCCGCGUCUACCACCAGCUCUCCAGGGGACAGCUUCCAGCUGCACCUGCUCCACCUCAACGACUGGCACGCGCGCUACGACGAGACGGACGGCGCCGGCGACCCCUGCGACCGCCGGACCUCGCAGUCGCAGACCCAGCAGCCUUGCUACGGCGGCUUCGCGAGGAUCGCGGGCAGGGUGCGCCAGCUGCUGGCCGAACACCCGGACAACUACCUGCUGCUCAACGCCGGCGACAACUUCCAGGGCACGCUCUGGUACACGCUUUUCACCUGGAACGUCACCGCGCACUUCCUCAACAAACUGCCCUGGGACGCGGCGACGCUGGGGAACCACGAAUUUGACGACGGAGUCGAAGGCGUGGUGCCCUUCCUGGAAGACAUCCAGUUCCCGGUGGUCCUCGCCAACAUGGACGCCUCUCAGGAGCCCUCCAUGGUCGGCAAGUUCAACAGGUCCGUCGUGGUGGAGCGUGGCGGGCGUCGAAUAGGCAUCGUGGGAUACGUCAUGCAGGACUUGCCGGACAAGGCUACCACCGGCAACCUGACGUUCACUGACGAGGCGCAGACUGUGGCGGAGGAAGCGGCGCGCCUCAAGCAAAGCGGCGUCGACAUCAUCGUCGCUCUCUCCCACGCGGGGCUCUACAUCGACCGCGACAUGGCCACCAAGAUGCGAGACGUCGACAUCAUCGUCGGAGGGCACACGCACUCACUGCUCUACACAGGCAAGCCGCCGGCAGGGGACGUGGCACAGGGCCCCUACCCGACGAUCGUGACGCAGGACGACGGCCACAAAGUGGCGGUGGUGCAGGCGGGCUCCUUCGGCAAGUACUUGGGACACUUGGUCGCCACGUUCGACGCGAACGGCGAGCUGCUCAGCGCGACGGGCAACCCGGAGCUGCUGGACGAGCACGUGCCGCAAGACGAAACCAUCCUGGAGGAACUGGUUCCGUGGAGGAACGUGGUGGAAGAGACUGGUUCGCGAGUCUUGGGCCGCACGUACGUGCUGCUCAACGCGUCCAACUUCGUGUGUCGGGGUUACGAGUGCAACAUCGGCAACUUCCUCACGGACGCCAUGGUGGACGAGCACGUGGUGAUCGGACAACAGGGCAGGUGGACACGCGCUGCGGUCGCUCUUAUGAACGGAGGCAACAUCAGAACGUCCAUCGACGAACUCAGGAACGGUGGAGACGUGACGUAUAGCGAUUUGCUGACCGCGUGUCCGUUCAGAGACGGCAUAGACACGGUCACCAUCCUGGGCUCCACCCUUCUGGAAGUGCUGGAGGCGUCUGUGGAGAAGAGCCAGAUCUACACUGUAGAACACGGCGGAGUUAACCUGACCGUCCACUACGCUGGAGGAAAUUUCUUACAACAGUCAGGACUGCGCGUGGUGUACGACGUGCGCCAGCCGGUGGGCAGCCGCGUGAGCAGCGUGCUGGUACGCUGCGCCGAGUGCCGGGUACCGCGCUACGAGCCGCUGGUGCCGGACGCGUGGUACACGGUCGCCAUCACCACCUACAUGGCGCAGAACAGGGACACCUUCCGCAUGCUGCGCGACAGCGGCGUCAACCACACUGCCGGUCGGCUUGACACGGACGUGUUCAUUGACUAUAUGAAGAAGAACAACCCCAUCACGCAUGGGAUUGAUGGGCGCACCGUGGUCCUGUACUGACGGAAUACACGAGAGUUAUGGUUCACCAGGGCCUACGGGACCUGCUGCCGGAGUGGUGCGUGUGAAGGUGACGUCUGUUGCCAAGCUGAGCAAGAAACGAUGACAACUGAGAGACUUUCUUUAAUGCUUCACUUUUCUUCCUAAGUACCUACGCAAUGAGAACAGAUAUUUAUUUUAUAUCAUUUGUUUCAUGAACGAUAAUUGUAAUUCUGGUUACGCAGGUAAUGGGUUCGAUGGAUCGCAGUCGUAAGAGUGAUACACUUUAUAGUUUGUAAUUUGGUUUAUACGAGAAAUAUAUAUUGGGGUUGCGUUUGGUUUUCCUCUAGACCUACAGAAACACACGGGGAAAUUCUGGCUGGCCUCACAGCCAGGGUUCUCAUGUUGAAAGAAAAAAAGCAGUCUGUGACCGACAGCGUGGUGGCGACACUAUAUCCUAGCGUGACUCGCCUUCCUAGACAAAUCACUAUCCAGCACCAGCGUGCUGGCACUCGACUCGGAGGUAGCCAUUUCGAUUUCUGGCGGUGCAAGGAAAGAGAGACGGUAGCGUUAUCUAUUCGAGCACCGUACUUUGGGCCAGUGUCCUGCAUUAAAUUCCAAAGCCUUCCGUAGUUUCGAAGUGGGGACAUAUGGCACUGUUGACGGUGGUACGUCCAUCGGGUAUGGAUGUUAAGCCCGGCGGUCCCUUAGGUACUACUCGGGAAGAGAAGGCUAUGUGCUUAUCAUCGCACAACACAAAUGUACACACUAUGAACACAACUAUUACAGUCACCUACACUAAGCAUAUACACUUAAGACGCAAGUCUCAUACACCGCAUGGAAAGGGGCCAUUUUGCGCGGAAGAAGGAAAAAUCCUUCCCGAUUAGCCGGCUGAAUCUCCCACUCGAUGUCUUCCAGCCAGCAAUGCUGUAUAACUGUUUAUUUUUUUUUUUAUCGCAAUGUAGUCGCUUCUGAAAGAUCUAAGUCGAAACAAGGCCCCGGAAGUAAACGAUAUUCCGUCAGAACUACUAAUAGCUUUGGGAGAGCCAGCCUUGAUAAAAUUCGGCCAUCUGCUGUGCAAAAAGCAGUUGCUUGACAGCUGCGAAAAUUACCGAACUGUCGGUUUAAUAAGUCAUGGCUGCAAGAUACUAACACGAAUCCGUUACAGAAGAAUGGAAAAACUGAUAGAAGCAGACCUCGAGGAAGAUCAGUUUGGAUUCUGGAGAAAUGUAGGAACACGCGUGAUAAUACUGACCCUACGACUUAUCUUAGAAGACCGGUUAAGGAAAGGCAAACCCACAUUUUUAGCAUUUCCAGACUAAGUGAAAGUGUUUGACAGUGUUAAAUGGAAUACUCUCUUUGAAAUUCUGAAGGUAGUAGGAGUAAAAUAGAGGGAGCGAAAGGUUAUUUACAACUUGUACAGAAAACAGACGGCAGUUACAAGAGUCGAGGGGAAUGAAAGGGAAGCAGUGGUUGCGGAGGGAGUGUGAGAAGGUUACAUCACCGAUGUUGUUGAAUCUGUACGUUGAGCAAACAGUGAAGGAAACCAUACAAAAAUCUGGGCGAGGAAUUAAAGUGCAGUUGUAAUUCUUACAGAGACAGCAAAUGACUUGGAAGAGCAGCUGAAGGGAAUGGAGAGUCUCUUGAAAGGAGGAUAUAAGAUGAACAUCAACAAAACCAAAACAAGCAUAAUGGAAUGCAGUCGAAUUAAAUCAGGUGAUGCAAAGGGACUCAGAUUAGGAAACGAGACAUUUAGAGAUUAGUUUUGCUAAUUAGGCAGCAAAAUAACUGAUGAUGGCCGAAAUAGAGAGGAUAUAAAACGUAGACUGGCGAUGGCAAGAAAAGCGUUUUUGAAGAAGAAAAAUCUGUUAACAUCGAAUAUAGAUUUAAGUCUUAGGAAAUCUGCAGUUCACCUACAAAAUAGAUUACUGGUGUGGCCCGACUAUUUACGUAUGUGGAAUCCAUACCAGGUAACAGAAGACAGUAAGCAUACGCUAUGAAGAGCAUCGCAAAUUGUGGCAGGCUUUACUAGUACAAUGUCUUAAGGAAAGUGGUACAUAUUUGAAGAAAGUGACAUUUUAUCUCGCGAUCAUUUAGUAAUUUUCUGGGCGAAUAUACUAAUAUCUCCAGCCGUUUCUUAUCGCUCCUUACA